UAGUAACAAAACUCGAGUCGCAAUCGGUGACUCAAUGGUCACACUGUCGCUUUUCCCGCUCUUUCUUAGAGUUUUACAAAUGAUAUUAUUGUGUAAAUAUUUUAACUUCGUUAUCACGUGAACCGUUUUUCGUCGACUAGUAUAGUCGUAUUUUUGUUAUUGUACAUAAUUUAUUUAUCGUUGUUCUUAUAACAAUAUUUGUUAUUUGAACAAUUGAACAUGAUCAUUAGUAAUGCUCUUUGCUAGCACAAAACUGGCCAUCGCCACAUAAAUUUACGUUUUACCGAGAACGAUCUGAAUGUCUCUGUCUUCAUCUGUUCUAGGUACUUGUAUAAAAAAAAAUAGUACUUAGUACUAACAUACGCCCAUUCAUAUAGCAAAAAUGGAACCAUUAAUGCCAUCGGAAGUCGCUCGCUUAGUAUACGGUUAUCUGAAGAAAGAAAAAAAUGAAGAUGCUGCAGAAUGUUUUUUAAAAUCAUCUCCUCAUUUGACUGAAUGUUUUCAGAUGUUUAAAGCUAAAAGAAACUUUAAUAUUAAAGUGAAUGGAUUUAAUUUACAUGACAUAUUUGACAAUUUUGGAACCAUGUGUACCAUGAUUGAAGAACGAAUACCUGAAACAUGUGAAUCAAAAACAUUACUUGAGAAACUACAGUAUUUGUUAGAUACAAAUCAUAUACCAAUGAAAGAAGAUAAAUUUGUUGAGACAAAAUUGAAUAUGGUUGACAAAUGUGUUGGUAAUACAGUUGAUACUAAAGAUCAGAGUACAUACACUAAUAUAGAAGCAAAUAGAAGUAUAUCAGAAGAGUUGUUAGAAAUUCCAUCAUUCACUGAGGUAAUUACUAAUAAUGUUUCUAAAACAAAAGACAUUGACCCAGUUAAUAAUGAAACCACAAUAACUGGCGAGAAAAACUCAGUUACAUUUUCUUCACCCUGUUUAUCUUCAAUGACACAAUCAAUAGAAAAUAAUACAAGUACUAUGACAUUUUCUAAAUUUGAUGAAGACAAAGAAUCAAAAAUAUUUCAAAUAAAUAAACAAAUUUGUAGUACUCCAGCGAAGAAAAACGAAGAAACAAAAUUAAAUAUUGAGUCAGUACCACAAUUUAGUCCAAAAAAUAUUCAUAAUUUAAUUUCUAGUGAUCAUACAGAAUAUCAGCAAAUACCAGAAGCAACCUCACUUGACUCUAUGCCAGGAUUGUCAAAAGAAGAUAGGAUUAAGGAUAGUUCAGUUAUUAUUGAUACUGGUGAAUUAGUAGAUACGUUUUUAAAUGAUCAAAGUUUGUUGGAAAAAAUUGCUGAUACUAUAAAUAAAUCUUUUGAGGCUCAAAAAGAAACUGACAAUGUACUAGAAAGUAAAGUCUUAGAUCCUCCUACACUUGAAAAAGCAUUAGACUCUACUCAGUCUGAUCCACAGAUUAAAAACAUACUGGAUGAGUUUUUAGUUUUUAAUGUCGAUAAUACUGAUACUGGUAAAAAAACAUCUAAUGAUGAUCAACUAGACUCAAUCAAAUCUCGUUUACGUAGUGCCAGAAAAAAAGAUGAUGUUCCAAGCAAAUUAAAAAAGAAUAAUUUUAAUAUUCCUAAACAUAUUGCUUAUGGUAAUGAAGAGUGUACGAAAGUUGACAAUAAUAUUGUAUUGAUACAUGAAGGUAAUAUGAGAACAACUGUUUUUGAUAAUUACGAUUUAUUAUCAAAUCAAUUAGUUUUACAAUCAAGUGACUCAUAUAACUUUGACUCAUCUAAAAUUGAAUCAGGAGAAGAUUAUUUAGCUAAAGCUGACUAUGUAAAAAUUGCUCCAAAAAUAACUCCAAUGUUAAAGACUCACCAAGCUCCUGAAAAACAUAUAUUUCCAAAACGAAGAAGACAGUCGUUAGAAGUUUCUGGUAUAAGAAGCAAAUUUAGGAGAUCAAAUAUAACUAGACAACUACCUGUUCAGGCUCCUAAAUCAAUUAUUAUUGAAGUUCCUAAUCAAAAUUCAUUUGAAACUCAAGAAAAAAAUCAUAAUGAGGUUAAUGACAUUAUCAGAUUACCCGAAGUUUCAUCUAAAGUUGAUGAUAUAAUUGUUCAUGAUACACCAGAUGAUAGACUGAAACCUCCAAAAAAUAAAAGCAUGAGUACACCUCGUAGAAGGAGCACUCAUAUAAGAUGUUUAGAUUUUAGUACCCCGCAGCCCAAGAGUAUGACUCAAACUCAAGCUCGUUCAAAACUUUUCUGUGAUACCCCAAAAAGACUUGAAAAAUGUUUGGAGGAACCUUCAUCUAGUCCUUUACCAAAGCUUCAAGCUGAUUGGGGUUCAGUUAAUGGAUUUGAAUCAAUGAUUAAAAAAGAUAGCAUUAAACACUGGGAUUCAGAUAUUAGAGAAAUGGUUGGAGCUGGAAUUUUAACGUCAGAUGCUGACGGAAGAAAAACAAGAAAAAAGAAAACUCCAAGAAAAAAAAUUAAACCAGCAAAUGUUCAAAAUAAUUCUGUUGUUUUGCUUGAAGAACAAAAGAAAUCAGAUAAUAUUUCAACUAAAGCAAAUGGAUUACUUACCAAUGUAUCAAAUAUUUCUGAAAGCAGCUCAUAUGAUGAUUCAAAUGUGCAAGACCCUAAUAAGCAAUUACUAGAUAUUCAAACGUCAUUAAAGGAACACAUAGAAUUUCCUUCUUCAUUAGAAACUUCAAAAAAUGUUGAAGAAGAAUUUAAACAAACUUCAAUUAAAUCUGAGUCUUUGAAUAACUUAAACGAUCAACGAUUAUUGCAUACACAGAAUGAAUUUCCUAUUUCAUUAGAAACACCAGAUAAAAUAACAGAAUUAUCGAGAGAAUUAUUUAAUCAACAACCACAAACUUUAUCUGAUUCUUUGAAAAGCAUUAAUGAUGAAAAAUCCAUUAAAAAACAAAAUGAAUUUUCAAUCUCCUUAGAAACUCCAGAGAAAACUAUAGAAUUGUAUACUGAACAACCACCAGUUAAAUCUGAUUCUUUAAAAAAUGAAAAUGAAAAAUCAUUAAACAAAGAAAAUGAAUUUAUGAUGUCCUUAGAAACUCCAGAUAAAAUAACUGAAUUUAAUAAUAAACAACUUUCUAUCAAAUCUGAUUCUUCAAAAAGCCAGAAUUCAACUCAAAUUAACCCGAAACAGUCACAUGCUAAUGAUCAGAAAAAUAAUCAAAAUCAAUUAAUUAACUCUUCCAUUUUAAAUACCACACCAGAAAUGAAAAAUCUAGAAAACAAUUCAAACUUUUUAAAAACAAUUAAUAAUCAUAAUUGUUCAUUACCUGAAAAGAAAUCAAAUGAACCAAUUAAACAUUUAAAUGUACAAGGUUUAUUUGAUCAAACUGAUACAAACAAUUCAAGUACAUUAAAUAGUCCAGUAAAAUGUAUUAAUAUUGAACCAGUUAAAUCUCAUAUAGUUGAAACCCCAUAUAAAUGUGAUGAUGCUGCUGCUGUUGAUGUGCCUGAAACUCCUAUUUCAAAAAUGAUACGCGAAUAUGAUCCAAGUAAGAUGAUCACACCAUUACCAUGUACACCAGAACAUUAUGAUGAUUCAUUGACAGAAACCCCUUUAACCAAAGUAUUCAGAGAAACGUCAUAUUUAAACAGACCACCAAUUUCACCAUUUCCUCCUACUCCAGGAAAUUCAAUGUCCAUUGAUACUUUGAUAGUACCACCAGAACAAGAUAAUGUUAAAACUUCAAAUAAUACAAAUUGUAAAACAAACAGUUCCAAAGAACUUUCAACACAACCUAUUCAAACUACUAAUUAUGAGUCAUCAACCAAUAUAAAGAAAAAGAAAAUUGAAAGUACACCUUUAAAAUCUAAAUUAAAAAUAACAAAUAAAUCUAAAGUAAAAAAAGGAAUAAAAAUAAAAAAUAUUGAAACAAAAAAAAAUCAAGUGUAUGAGUCUGUUAAAGUUGAACUAUUUGGAAGUGAAAUUUUAUCAAGUCCAGAAACAAACGAAUUAAAGACUAAUGAACAACACAAGCCAAUAAUUAUUAAUAAAAAACCACAAGCAGAGGAGAAAAAAUCUGGUUUUAAACCUAUACCUAAAAGAAAAUCAAUUGAAUCUACAUCUGUUGUAAAUGUUAAUGGUAAUGAAAAUCAUUUAUCAAAUGAAUUAAACAUGCAACCUAUUAAAACAUCAUUUAUUAAACCAAUAAUAGCACAAUGUGAGAAUAAUAAUGAUAACACAUCAGAAAAAGUAAAAAAAACAGUUUCAAAAAAAAUUAAGAAGUCCAUGGUACAUUUUGAUGACCCAGUUGAAAAAUUCUUUAAAUUAUCUAAAAGUCCAACAUUGGGUAAAUCCAGAAUCAAAAAUACUGAUAAAACACAAACCAAAACCAUGCUAAAUGACAACUCUGAUCAGUUAAUUGGGUUAAAUAAGUAUUUGAAUAAAACUUCUCCUACAGUUUGUGACUAUAGUCCAAAAGAGAAAAAUAUCAAAACAAUAGAACCCGCUGUUAAAACUUCUAAACUAAAUAAUAGUGAUUCUAAUAUUAAUUAUUCAAAAAUGUAUAAUGUAGAUAAAUCUAGUAAGAAUAUAUCAACAGUUGUUAGUAAUGAAACAAAAACUAAUGAAAUGAACAAUCAAAAUAUAAAAUUAUCUCAGAAUUGUAUAUCAGACAUAAAUAAAGUGUCUAAUAAAAAGGAAAAAAAUACAGUUCAUAAUAAAUCCACUAUGUCGUUGGAAUCAGUUCAAACUUUGUCUAUGGAUAAUAACAUAUCUAAUCCAAAUUGUAUUUCUGAAAAUAAAAUGAAUACCAGUCUUGACAAAUCUGAAUCGUCUGUUAACUACAAUAGUAGUGUUAAUAAUACUUCUUGUGUUACUGUUACACAUGAUGAAAAAUUAGAUGUUCAGAUGAACAAGAUCUGUGAUCCCUUAAAUAAUAUAGAAUAUUUAAAAAAGCCAAAAGUAUAUGAAGUCAUUACUGAAGAUGGUGAACAUGAGAUGGUUUAUUUAAAUGUAUCAGAAAUAUUCACUUUUCUUGAUAUACCCUCAGAAUUAAACAAUGUACAACCAUCUGAUUCAAUUGCGUCACCAUUAAUAACAACAAACAAAAUAUUGGAUAUUACUCCAAAAAUGGAAAGCGGUGAAUUGGAGGAUGAGGAAUUACUCAUGCCAGUGACUAGCACUCCUAAAGAUGAUAUUGUUAUAAAAAAUGAAAAAGAUGAUAGAACUAGAAGAAGCCCCUCUUUUUGGGAUGAUUCUGUUCACAAUUAUCCAAUAAAACACAGAGACGAUAGACAUAGAGAUUCAAACCGUUGGCAAAAUAAAACCUAUCAUAAAUAUGAUAAAAAACAUAGGUCAAACAAAUCUAGAUACCAUGAUGACCGAUCACAAUUUGAUAGUCGAAACCAUUUUCAAAGAAAUCAUCAUCAAAAUGUGAAAAGAGAAUUUAAGGAAGAUUCAGUAAAAGAUAAACAUAGAUUUAAACACAAAGAUGAAAAAAGACGGAGUUAUCAUGAUUACAGUAAAGGAAGAAAUUGGGUUGAAGAAAAUGAACGAUUUUCAAUUCCACAAAGAAUGUCACAUAAUGAUUUACAAAAGUCAAAUAGAUCAGAAGAUAUAGUUAAAAAGGCUACUAAAAGGCCCGCAGAUCGAUCCGUGUAUAAUAAGACUCCAGCCAAGGUUUCCAAAGUUGAACAUCAACGGUUGCUGAAGAACGUAGAUGUUGAUGAUUUUUUGUCUGUAGUACACGGUCAAAAAUAAAAAUAUAUAAACUGAUACUGUAAUUAUUGUAUAUAUAUAAAACUAAUGUUCUAUUUUUGUAUCUAUCCUAUAUUGUAAAAAACACUGUAAAUAUUUUAUUUUUUAACAAUUUUUUAUUUAGAAGAUUUUUUUGUUUAUUAUUUUAAUAAGUAGUAACAGUAUAUAAUUAUGUAUACCUUAUAUGUUCAAAUACAGAGAUUUUGAAUUUUCA